CAUCAGGAGUCGAUUCCCGUUAUCCGCAUUCCCGCUCCUUCGUCGUCCACAUCCACCGCGAUCCCGACCACUAGGAACCAUCACCGCAAUCACUCCGUCGGUUCCCUCAACGCGUCGCAUCGUGUCACCCGGCGGAAGAGCAUGUCAUCCAACUCUGCAAAUAUCGCCGCUGUAGCUCAGGCGAUGAAGGAGGCAGCCGAGGCUAGGUUAUCGCCUGGGACGGUACCGGUACCGGCGCCGACGGCGGUGGUGGUACCACCUCCUGGGAUUUCCGGGCUAGGGAAGCUUCAAGCGGGCACCGGCGAUGGAGUUGGUCCGGGAGGCUACCCUAGCCCGCCCAGCAGCUUGCCUAACCCUGGCCCUCUUAGUAAUGCCACCAUCGCAACGCACGACCACGGCAUCCAUCAACUCGUCAAGGCCGGUGGGACUACACUUCUCAGCGGUAGUGCAAUCGCCGAGGGCCAUGCUCCGGAGGUUAAUCGGGGAUCCCGCAACCGGCGGGCAAGCGACGGAGCCGGUGCAUUGGGCGGUGUGGGCAAAAUAGGACGGAUGAGGAGCGGCAGCGAGCUGAAAUGUGAAAAGUGUGGGAAGGGAUAUAAGCAUAGUUCCUGUUUAACGAAACAUUUAUGGGAACAUACGCCAGAAUGGUCGUACACAUCCAAGCUCUUGAUCUCCAAACAUCAGCAAGUACAGCUCCUGGAGGCUGCCUCGAUCCUGGUGUCCAUGAACCCAACACCUCCGGAUUCUUCAUCCGGUGCGUCGAAUAACGAAGGCAACUCGGACAGUUCGUCCUCCGAUGAGACUACCCCGCCGCCUUCGGGUAUGAGCUUGUCCAGUCCCGUACCGACACCACGCGGCAUCCGGAAUGGCUCCGGGAAACCCGGCAAACGAUACUCGUCGGGGUCCUACUCACGGUCGUACAACGGGAGCAGCGGGUUCCUUGCCGGUAGCGCGCCCUCGACGGGUCUAUCGUUCCCCAACCAUCUACCACAAAGGCCCUUACCCAGGCCGAGAGCAGGCAGUUCCGUUUCCGGUGUACGGGGCUCGGUUGCGCCUUCGCCGUCUCUGCGACCGUCGAUGAGCGAGGAUGAUGCGUUGGCGGCCGCAGUGGAGCUGCUGAGUUGUUCGUUCAACACUCCGAUAAUGUCGCCGUCCAUGCCUGUCGGUAGUGUUCCGAGAGGAUUCGGAUUGGGAUUGUCCGAUAUCGGAUCGCCGCCAGCGGGCGGUAGGGCAUAUAUGGGUCCGCUGAACGACGUGGUCGAGAUGAAGAAGGAAGAGGACGAAGAUGAAGAGGACCGCGACGAGGAGGAUGAGGACGAGGGGCGGAGCGAGGAGGAGGACGAUGGGGUUUUUGGACGGAUGGAGGAGUAAGGAAGGAUGGUGGUGGUGGUGGUGGUGGUGGUGGUGGUGGCAGGCUGGGAAACAGAAGGUGGAGGUUUGAUAAGAGGGGCGGUCUGGGCCUCGGUCUGGGCUUGACCACCUGUUGCACUAUCAGCUCGUUGCUUCCUUCGUCAUGACCACUUGUGUUUUCUCUCUC